CCGCUUAAGCCCGUCUAGGCCGGCUGUGAAUUUUCUCCUCUUGUACCCCUCCUUCCCAACUCUGCCCCGACAAAUUUAACAAAUUUUCCUUUCCUUCGAAGCACGAACAAGCUAGUCGUCGGUGGUUGCGACUUUGCACUUGAAAGCUUCGUUUCUCUUCCUUUUCUUACCACUUUUUCUCACUAUCCGAUACUCUCUAGAAGAGUUCGCUGGUGAUUUGUAUCGACAGUGAAGUGCAAUAAGGUCACUUCCAUCGACACAAAUCUUCACCCCGCUUUCAUCACCAGUUGAUCAGAAAAGAAAAGAAAAAAAGAAAAAACACAUAGUAGUUUUUUCGCAUCAAUACCGCCAAGAUGGUCAACUUCACGAUCGACGAGAUCAGGCAACUGAUGGACAAGCCUACCAAUGUCCGUAACAUGUCCGUCAUUGCCCACGUCGACCACGGCAAAUCUACCCUGACCGACUCUCUCUUGGCCAAAGCCGGUAUCAUCUCCACCGCGAAAGCUGGUGAUGCCCGAGCUACGGAUACGAGAGCUGACGAACAGGAGCGUGGUAUUACUAUCAAGUCUACUGCCAUCUCCCUGUACGGCAACCUACCCUCCGACGAUGACCUGAAGGACAUCGUUGGCCAGAAGGUCGAUGGCCGAGAUUUCUUGAUCAACCUCAUCGACUCGCCUGGUCACGUUGAUUUCUCUUCUGAAGUUACUGCUGCCCUGCGUGUCACUGAUGGUGCCCUCGUUGUCGUCGACACCAUCGAGGGUGUCUGUGUCCAGACCGAGACUGUGUUGCGACAGGCUCUCGCUGAGCGAAUCAAGCCUGUUGUCGUCAUCAACAAGGUCGACCGUGCUCUUCUCGAGCUGCAGGUCUCCAAGGAGGACCUUUACCAGUCCUUCUCCCGAACAAUUGAGUCGGUUAACGUCAUCAUCUCUACUUAUCUUGACAAGUCCCUGGGUGAUAUCCAGGUCUACCCCGAGAAGGGUACCGUUGCUUUCGGUUCCGGUCUCCACGGCUGGGCCUUCACCAUCCGUCAAUUCGCUAUCCGAUACGCCAAGAAGUUCGGUGUCGACCGAAACAAGAUGAUGGAGCGUCUAUGGGGUGACAACUACUUCAACGCCGCCACCAAGAAGUGGACCAACAAGGGCACUCACGAUGGCAAGCCUCUGGAGCGUGCCUUCAACCAGUUCAUCCUAGACCCUAUCUUCAAGAUCUUCGCGGCUGUGAACCACGCCAAGAAGGACGAGAUCAACACCCUCCUCUCCAAGCUCGACCUCAAGCUCCCCUCUGAGGACAGGGAUAAGGAAGGCAAGCAGCUGCUCAAGGCUGUCAUGCGAACCUUCCUUCCCGCUGCUGACUCUCUCUUGGAAAUGAUGAUUCUUCACCUACCCUCCCCCGUCACCGCCCAGAAGUACCGUGCUGAGACUCUGUACGAGGGUCCCCCUGAUGAUGAGGCCGCCAUUGGUAUCCGAGACUGUGAUCCUAAGGGUCCCCUUAUGCUCUACGUCUCCAAGAUGGUGCCUACCUCCGAUAAGGGUCGUUUCUACGCCUUCGGUCGUGUCUUCUCCGGUACCGUCCGAUCCGGUCUUAAGGUCCGCAUCCAGGGCCCCAACUACACCCCCGGAAAGAAGGAGGACCUGUUCAUCAAGGCUAUCCAGCGUACUGUUCUGAUGAUGGGUGGCAAGGUCGAGCCCAUUGACGACAUGCCUGCUGGUAACAUUGUUGGUCUGGUCGGUAUCGAUCAGUUCCUGCUCAAGUCUGGUACUCUUACCACUCUCGAGACUGCCCACAACCUGAAGGUCAUGAAGUUCUCCGUCUCCCCCGUCGUCCAGCGAUCCGUCCAGGUCAAGAACGCCCAGGAUCUUCCCAAGCUGGUCGAAGGUCUCAAGCGUCUAUCCAAGUCUGACCCUUGUGUCUUGACUACCACCUCCGAAUCCGGUGAGCACGUCGUUGCUGGUGCUGGUGAGCUGCAUCUCGAGAUUUGCUUGAAGGAUCUCGAGGAGGACCACGCUGGUGUCCCUCUUAUCAUCUCCGACCCCGUCGUCCAGUACCGAGAGACCGUUGCUGGCAAAUCCAGCAUCACUGCUCUCUCCAAGUCCCCCAACAAGCACAACCGUCUGUACAUGGUUGCUGAGCCCAUCGACGAGGAGCUCUCCAAGGCAAUUGAGGACGGCAAGAUCGGACCCCGUGACGAUUUCAAGGCUCGUGCCCGUACCCUGGCUGACGACUUCGGCUGGGAUGUCACCGAUGCCCGAAAGAUUUGGUGCUUCGGUCCCGACACUGUGGGCGCCAACUUACUGGUUGACCAGACCAAGGCUGUGCAGUACCUCAACGAAAUCAAGGAUUCUGUUGUCUCCGGUUUCCAGUGGGCUACCCGCGAAGGUCCCGUUGCCGAGGAGCCCAUGCGAUCCAUCCGCUUCAACAUCCUCGAUGUUACCCUCCACGCCGAUGCUAUCCACCGUGGUGGUGGCCAGAUCAUCCCCACUGCCCGACGUGUUCUGUACGCUGCUACGCUACUUGCUGAGCCCGCUCUUAUGGAGCCCGUCUACCUAGUAGAAAUCCAGGUCCCCGAGCAGGCCAUGGGUGGUGUCUACGGUGUCCUUACCCGACGAAGAGGUCACGUCUUCAACGAGGAGCAACGACCUGGUACUCCUCUCUUCACAAUCAAGGCUUACCUGCCUAUCAUGGAGUCUUUCGGCUUCAACGGCGAUCUCCGACAAGCCACUUCCGGCCAGGCUUUCCCUCAGCUCGUCUUCGACCACUGGCAAUUACUACCCGGUGGAUCUCCUCUCGACAAGACCACCAAGGUCGGACAAAUCGUCGAGGCCAUGCGAAAGCGCAAGGGUAUCAAGGUCGAGGUACCGGAUGUCAACAACUACUACGACAAGCUAUAAACGAGUUCCCUCGAUACUCUAUAGACUACGACCUAGUGCCAUUAUUGGCAGAUAUCAUGAGACGACUCGGGUCGUAUUUAGUUGGGUCCGUCUCAUGGAUAUAAUAUGCGGCCUUAUAUCAGAAGGUCGGAAAGGAAUGACCUGCGGCCGUGGAUACAGAAAAGCUAUGCAAAGGCACUGAGGGCGUAACUUUUCAUUAGCUGUCGUACAUCUGGUUUGCGUGUAACUUUCCACACAAUUGAGAAGAAGAAAUUUAGAUGAUAUAAUCA